AUUCUUAUCAUGCUUUCGAUUUUUUUUUAUUUUUUAGAAAUGUCUGGGACAUUUGAAAAUAUAGAAUCUCAAUUAAGUGAGCUCGAUGUGCUGCAGAGUAUUUACCCAAAUGAAGAUGAAAUUGUCAUCCAGGAUUAUCUUAUUUUCUCAAUGAUGAAGGAAUACAUUGAGUCUGGAGGAAAAAGUCCUCCACCUGGAAAAAGUUUACCAUUGCGGUUAAAUUUGAAAAUUGACAACCCGAAAUGUUUUGUUUAUGUUGAUUGUCUCGUACCAGGGGAAUACCCAGGUUCAAAACUGCCGGAAAUUUCUGUAAGGUGUGACAGCAUGACUAGGCAGAAUCAGCGGGAAUUAAAUGAUGACUUGCAGAAAUUUACGAAGGAAUUACUCCAAGGUGAAACUUGUUUGUACCAAGUUUUCGACUGGGUUGGAGAAAAUGUUAAAGGUUAUUUUCAAGUUUCUGAAGAGAAAGAUGUCGCUGUAGUGGCUAAAAAAGAAGAAGUUUUCAUUUUCACGAGGUUAUGGAUUUACAGUCAUCAUAUUUAUAAUAAGAAUAAGAGAAGAGAUAUAUUGGAGUGGGGGAAGGAGCUACAACUCACCGGGUUCAGCAUGCCGGGGAAACCUGGUGUUGUGUGCGCUGAGGGAGAGGAUAAACAAUGUGAAGAAUACUGGAGAAGAUUGCGCAAUUUAAACUGGAAGCGGAUUAACAUCGCUCAUAAAGAGACCGUGACUUUAAAUAACCCAACGGAGGAUGAAAUUAUGGGGUUAAGGAAGUUUAAAAGUGGGUUGAAUGAAAUUAAUUUUGACGCGCAUCAGAACGCAGGGCGGAACUAUCACAUGGAUCUUGGGAAGUUCUUUGAUUAUUUGAGCGAGCACGAUUGCAAGGAGAUGUUCCAUAUGUUGUUUGGGGUGGAAGGGAGAUCAACGAGUUGAUUCAUAUUAUGGAUGUGAAAUACUGGUGCCAUUAAUUACAUACCACCUAUAGAUGCCAAAUCAUUGAUUUACAAUACGAACAUUACAUUAAAAUAAUAUAUAUGUUAUAAAGACCCUAAACCGAUAAUAUAAUAAUUUGUCCACUAUCAACUUUAGGCGCCAAAAAUCAUGUGAUUUUUUUUAUACCUUUUCAAUACAAACAUAAACAGCCCAUAUAUAAUACAUGAUACAUUUGUCUUCAUUUUAUAUAUUUUCGCUUAAAAUCUAAAAUCUAUUUAACCUUUACCAUCCAAGAUGGUUUUUGUUUUCACCAAAUUUUAAAAUGAAGGCAAUUGUGCCAUGUUAUAUAUCGGUUGUUAUGGUUGUAUUGAAACUGAAUAGUGAAUAUGAAACCGCUUGUUUUUGUGCAUUUGUGUAAUUUCACUUUUGUUGCAAUAAGUUAUAUUUUUAUAUUAUUUUAAUUCAUGCUGGUUUUGGGUUUUAACUUUGCACUUCAUAG